GGCGUGCAGCUCGGUGGCGGCUGACCCGGCAGCGGGCCGCCUCAGGCAGCCCUGGCCGGGCCGCCCGGGUCCCCGGCAGCGGGGUAGGAUGGCGCUAAAGCGGAUCCAGAAGGAAUUAACCGACUUGCAGAGGGAUCCUCCUGCCCAGUGUUCCGCGGGACCUGUGGGUGAUGACUCAAUGCCAGGAGAGUAACACAUCCCGACUCCACGGAGAGAGAAGAAUGGAAGCUCUGCGUUUGGACCCUCCUGAUGUUAACUUAUGCUGUUUCCCUGGGAUAACCGGCAAUCUUGAGCACACCCGCUUUCAUGUUCCACUGGCAGGCCACCAUCAUGGGCCCGAAUGACAGUCCUUACCAAGGAGGUGUUUUCUUCCUGACCAUCCACUUUCCUACGGAUUACCCGUUCAAGCCCCCAAAGGUUGCUUUCACAACCAAAAUUUAUCACCCUAAUAUCAACAGCAAUGGCAGCAUCUGCCUUGAUAUCCUGCGGUCUCAGUGGUCUCCAGCGUUGACUGUGUCAAAAGUUCUCUUGUCCAUCUGCUCACUGCUCUGCGACCCCAACCCCGAUGACCCUCUGGUGCCAGAGAUAGCCCACACCUACAAGGCCGACAGAGAGAAGUACAACAGACUAGCGAGAGAGUGGACACAAAAAUAUGCUAUGUAAGUGCCUCGGAGGUUUUACGUGAGACGUUGAAGCUGGCAGAGAGGUCUUCCCUUAAAACUUUGGGCUGUUGGCUGAGCCACUCAAAGAGCGUCAUCUGUUCUUCAAACAAAUGUUGGUCACCCACUCUCUCCAGCUGCAGCAUGCUGGUGCCAUUUUCAGCAUUUAUGGCUUUGACAGUGCCACCUCUUUGAUGCCAAAUCAGCAGCCAUUGUUGUUAUGAUCUGCAGUCUUCCUGAUGACACUGGAAUCUCUCUCUCUGCCGCCUCAGUUUGUCUGUUGGUCUCUUGGGGGGCCAGGCCCUGCACGUCUCUCCUACCUGGCCUCAAAUGGUGCUGCUGCCCAUGAUGGUACCACACCAGGGCCUCAGCCUGGCCCCUCACCACAUACCCUUUGCCUUUUAGAACUCAGUGCCAUCCUGGGUGCCCAGGUCAGAGCAGGCUUUCUUCACACCUCAUCUGCUGCAGAACCACAUCCUGAGGAGUCUCAGCUCAUCCUGGAGGGAAUUGGGAACAGUGUCACUGGGAAGUGAAGGCCUAGCCCUGCAGCUUCCACCAGUCUCCUCCUGCAGUGCCACAUGCUGGCAUUUCUCCCUUCACACCAAGAAGCAGCAAGUGGAAAAUUUCAGGAUACAAAGCACAUAACACCCCAUAAGAGAUGACUGUGUUUUUAGAAGCAAGAGCAAAAUUAUGAAACCUCUAGAGAUUUGGGUCAUGUUACUCCAUUUGAUGAGAAUUCUCACUAUUCCCCGCUCCUCCCACUAGGAGCCUACACUAAGUCCAGGUGUGAGCCAUUCACAGACUAGAACACAAGGAGGGAGAGAGACUCUUAAAUGUAAAUAAAAAUGCAAUUCACUCAUAACUCUAAAUGAUAA